CACGUUUGACAUGUGUCAAAUGAAUCACCAUCACGAUUUUGGGGAGUGCGCAGCUGUUUACCGAAGUUUCUUAAUAAUUUGUGCACUAUUAAUUACAUACUUGUCUAUUUCUAGCGCAUUUUAUCCUGUUACAGUCUUGUGUAUCAGUAUCAUGUCUUCCAAAAAACAAUGAAUGACAAAUGUGAGGUAUUAUCUUCCCUUGGUCUACCCAGUGUGUGCAAGGUUCAGACGACUCUUGGUCAUGUGCUUCUCCUACAAACACACUUAGCAGUAUUACAGAAUCAAUACCAAAAUGUCGUGCAUUCAGGAAGUGGCAGUGGACGGCGUUGAUGUGCAUGUAGUUACACGUACAACCGGCAGUGUACGACUGCCGAGUUUUGUGGAUCAAGAAAGCAUAACAUCAAGUGCACCUGCAAGACGUGAACAUUCAGAUUCUAGCUGGUAUGCGGCUGUCUUCCUGAUAAUCAAUGCAGCAUUAGGAGCAGGAUUGCUGGAUUUUCCCCAAGCAUUUGACCAAGCUGGAGGGAUUGCGGCAUCACUCAUCCUCCAAGCAGUGGUGCUGAUCUUUGUAGUUGUCGCUCUCCUAGUGCUGGCACGCUGUGCUGAGACGUACAAGUGUAGUACAUAUCAGGAGGUGGUGCAACAUACUUGUGGCAUGCACUUCCAGCGUAUCUGCUCCAUUGCCAUUGCGCUUUACUGCUAUGGCACAUGCAUAACCUUUCUAGUCAUCAUCGGAGACUUCUCAGACAGACUGUUUGCCUCCCUGUAUGAUGCUUCGUUCUGUUUGAAGUGGUACAUGCGAAGGGAUUUUGUGAUCACGGCUGUUUCUGUCUUCACAAUUCUUCCAAUGUGCUUCUCACAGAAAAUCGAUUUUCUGAAGAUUCCAAGUGCCCUUGGAGUACUUUCAGCUUUCUACUUGGUAUUUCUUGUAGUACUGCAGUACUACAUAGGUGGGUAUGUCCCACAGGAAAUGCAGCGAGAACCAGGAUCAGUAGCUGAUGUGUUUGGUGUUAUACCAGUCAUCUGCUUUGGAUAUCAGUGCCAUGUGAGUUCUGUGCCAAUUUAUUCGUGCAUGGAGGAUCGUCGUAUAAAAACCUUUUCGAAGACCGUGCUCACUGCAAUAUUUCUGACAGCCCUCAUGUAUACAAUAGCUGGAGUCUAUGGUUACCUGACUUUUGGCCAUGCAGUGGUCAGUGAUAUUCUCGAAAUGUACGAUGCUAGCAACAUAUUUGUGUUGAUUGGGAUUGUUGCCAUGGCUGCAAAGAUUGUGACAACCUAUCCAAUCCUAGCUUUCUGUGGAAGGAUUGCGGUCAAUGACCUGUAUGUCCAAAUAAAGACUCACGUGGAACACAUUACCGAACGUCAGGAGCUUUGGCGGAGGAUUUUGGUUACCUCCGUGUGGUUCACAACCUCUCUUAUAGUCGCAUGCCUUGUGCCUGGCAUUGGUCUGGUGAUCCACAUCAUUGGUUCCCUGGCUGCAGUCUUCAUCUUUGUCUUUCCAGGUAUUUGCCUACUCCUCACUUCAAUGGAAAAAGAUGUGCUGUACUAUUAUGCAAGGACAAAAUGGACGAUGGCAGCAUCAGUAUUGUUCAUUGCAAUUGGAAUGUUUAUCUUUGGGCAGGUAUUGACACAGUCUAUUAUGGAGGCUACUGUAGGUAAUGGACAUGCAUCAAAAAUAAGCUUGUGUCAUCUUCCUGCUCUAGCAGAUAUACUCAUUGGUGUAGCCAAAUACUAGUCUACUUUAAUGGCUCAACACAUCUUGCGAAUGGCCUUCAGGAUGCCUGAUGGUGUUAUUUUAAUCAUUAUUUUUAGGCAUAUUUUAAUCUGUGAUAUACACACUCAAUUGACAGUUUACUUUUUUUACCUUGUAACAUAGUCUGUUAGAUAAGAGAGCACUCAUUGUGAAACCUGCUGCCACAGCCACCAAUAUCUGUGAUAAUCUGUCAUAGCUUCAGUGACCAUCACUUAGAAUAUGUUUGGUCAGUGUUUCUGUUAUCAUGGUAUUCGCCUCGAGAUCGAACUGUAGGUGGCGCUGUGACGGAUGCCCUAGUGGGGAUACGAUAUGAUCUGACGCAGCAGGCUCUGGCUUUUCUACGCAGAUAUCGCAGUGUUUCUGGAUGAAAUGCCGCUGUCAGUGCCUCACAUAUUGCGGAUGUGUUGAAAUGCGAUACUUAGAACGCUGAUAUGGUGUGAAAGUUGACAAAUAUUGCUGCACUGCGAAACGCUCAAGUCACGAAGUUGUGAAAAGAAAAUAUCCUGUGUGCUUUUGAAGGGAAACACUGCCUCCUUUGCUCCAAGCGUGAUUUUGUUUUAGUCUUUUGCUGUCCUCGCUAGAAUAUUUAUUUGUCGCUUGGGUAUUGCUGUCUUUCCCUGUACCUUUUUAUAUUACGUCGAGACAACAAGGAUUAAAAAAAAACACACUCACUCAAAAUUCCUGUCUACACUGAUCUAAAUGUACAAUGUACUAAUAAAAAAUAACAAUGAGUCUAAAUGUACAAAUGUGCAAGAAAGUAAAAUAAGGGCAGAAUAGCCCUGUACGUAUCGAAGCCCUUCGCUACAAUUUUUGCAAUUUUGCGUCGAGCGAGUAGGGGCAAGGUUCGAGGUUUGAUUCGUGUCCUGGGCGGGCAUUCACUAAAUAGUGCUAAAAUAUGUUACGAGAUGACCACACCUGUGCGGUGGACUUGAGUUUGUGUGGGGUGCUACCGGUCACGUAAUAACUGCAUAUAAACUAAGUUUUUGUUCCAGCGGCAGGUAUAUAUUCUGAAACACGCUGUUGCAGACGUGCUUCAUACCUCAAAAAACAUGCGUGUUUUACAUAUUACGUUCAGGGGUGGUGAUAGCAUUUUACCUUGAAUGUGUGCGUUCCAAUGAUUACGUAUGCGAAAGAUGUCUAGUCUGUCAUACGGUCAGAUGAAAUGAGAUGAAAGCUUUAAAUUCACACAUUUAAAACACCCGUGUCAUAAAUAUAUAUAUUCAUGUGUAGCAGCCCGACGACAACGACGAGCAUCACGUGUGACUCACCCGCUCGCGCUCACCCCUUUUGGUUCUCGUUCAGUAAAUCUUCGCUUCUGCCCGCGACUGGUUUCCUGUGCGGUCAUUUGUAGCAUAGCUCCUACGCAUGCAUUCAUAUAUUCCAUAUGUUAAUACAUUCGAUACAACUUGUGUUUAGCGCGUGCAGAAUAUCCUAACUGAGCAUUAUGAAGUAAUUUAGAACAGCUAGCACAGAAACCAUUCUGUAGAUAACUGUGACAUAGUUUUAUACUUAUGAUUUAAAAAAACUGUUACAACAUUGACCUUAGCUCUUGGUACAUUUUGUUUGACACACAGAACCGCAGUGAGAAAUAUAAUAUAACAAAGGCUGAGUGGAAUCUGCAUACUAAACAUAUGCACGUUCUGUAGUUUUCUUCCCUGCUAAGCACGCUGGUGCAGAGAACUAGAAAAGUUCAAAAAAGCUUUCGACCAAGUGAUUUUCACUCAUUUUGAAGCGAUUUUAAAAGCUCAAAUGUCCAGGAAUUGGGCCUUCCAAGCACGUUUUCGAGCGCGAUGAUCACAGCGAAAGCACCGGCUCAAGCAGCGCAUCCCCACUAAAGGCAGUUCACGGAGCAGCCGCAUGGUGGCAACGCUGUUCGAUCUCGAGGCGAAUGGCAUGUGAUUUACAUACUUUCUAAUAUGUUCCGGAUCAAGCUAGCUCUUAAAAUCAACUGGCAUUCUCCUGCUGGUGUCCACAAUGGCUAUACUGUGGAAAUGUUUAAAGUUCAAACAGUUGCAUGGGUCAGUCUUUUCUGAAACAAGGAGGAAGAUAAUCAGAAUUCAGUUUUUCCGGUGACCAACGCCUACCUGUACGGGGCAGUCACUAUAUGCGUGACUCAUGGAAUGCCAGGAGUUAUUGGUGUCUUUCUGAUACCAACAGCUAUUCUUUUUUGCAGGCCACCAUCCUCAGGAACAUCACUAUCUAUGUGAUGUGUGCUAUUUAUAUUUAACAUUAUUGUUGUACCCACUUAGCAGCACUCAGAUGUGCAAAGAAUUUGUUAGGGCCUCACAUAUCAUGGUGGCUUCAGGCUUGAUAUGAGGGGAAAAAGCAUACCAUUAAGGGGGGACGCGGGUUUCGAUUCGUGAAAAAUGACCAAAAAGUCAUUUUUUUGUAACUGACAUUUUUCGCAUGUAUAAUCAUUGUUCAACAUGAUCCCAAAGUAAUAAAAAAAGUGUAUUGUAUCAACCAAGGUAGCAGAGUUUCUCUUUCAUUUGACGAAAAAUCGGCAUUUUUCAAACCCUCGUACCCCGAGGAAGAUGCCACUGAGAGCAGUUAUCUCGGUGUUUGUGGAAAGCUCUUUCCGUCCUCUCCAAAGUUCCAGCGGAACUGCCUACUGCCUCCUCCAGUCAGAGGUAAACGCAUAAAGAAAGAGAAGUUUCGGAGGUCCCCAAUAGUGCAGUUGCCGGCUCUCUGCACCACGUGACUUCUGUACGCGUCGCAAUUGGAUCGCUCCGCUGUUGCCCACGGUCACACGAGCACCCGUCUCAGUCGUGUCGUCUGCUAUCGCUCCCGAUAUUUAUCGACGUAGUUUAUUCGUAGUUUCAUAUCGAAAUUUUGAGCACUAGUUUUGGUUCCUCACUGAUGUAGAAGCGCACUUUCAAGAAGAAAUAUGUGACCGUUCACCGUUUCGGCAGCCGAAAACGGAAAUCACCAAUGACUAAGGAGACUUCUGAACCGCCAAUCGAAACAAUCUUUUGUUGAGGGACAACAAGUUGCCGAUGUUCCUGAAGAACUGCCUAGCACUUCAGGUGCUGGUGCGUCCGAUGAAACGCCGUCAACGAGUACGGGAGGUACUGAUCAGGUACACUUGGAACCAAGAUACGUGUCUAGGGAGGAAUCAUGAGUGCGCCGCGGCGGUUCAAGCCUCUUUGAGUUACGUGUCCGCCAGCGAGCGGAAAAUGGAACUGACCGCGGGAGCAGGGAAAACUCGCGAAGAGACUUCGGAUGAGUUUCUAAUAUGCCAUAUGGCAGCGUUAAAUGCUCUUCUAGUGUAAGAUGCGGUGUCCAAAUUGCUCGCGAUCGGGUCUGUCUCUGAUGCCAGGUACGAGACAUGGUUUGGCGUUGAAACUGAUUGUAAACUGUGAUACGUACCUGCGAACGAGUGGUCCUCUCCACACAAAGAAGAUAGUCGAGCUUUCGAUGUGAAUCUGCGAGCGAUACAAGCAGUGAAAAGCAUAAGCAAAAGUUCCACAGCUCUCACUGACUUUUGGGCCAUAAUGAAUGUCUGGCACCGUGGGCUGCACCACAAGACCUUCCAGGGACACAUGAAAAACACUUUCAGACCUGCUGCCACAGAAGCAGCACAAAACAUCUUCAGCGAUGAAGUGUACCUACAAGGAGAUGGAUGUGGCCUUCACGAAAAAUAUAACCGUAGUCUACGACGGUACUUGGAUGACGUGUGGUCAUGCAUCGCACAUUGGUGUGGGGACAAUAAUCGAAUUUUACUCAGGUUUGGUCAUUGACAGUGUUGUCCUCUCUAAUCGAUGCCAUGGAUGUACCCUGGGCCCCAAAGAGGAAGAUGAGGGGUACAGUGACUGGCAGGCAACACAUGAAUGCCAGAAGAAUACAAAUGUCAACUCCGGUCGAAUGGAGGUGGAGGCCACCUUGAUUAUGUUUCGCCGUUCACUGGCCAAAAAUGACCUGCAGUACACCAAUAUCGUGUGUGAUGGAAAUAGCCGAACGUUCUUAGCACUUUGUGAAGAUUCCACCUACGGGUUCAUCUCCUUCACAAAGGAGGACUGCAUCAACCAUGUCCAGAAAAGAAUGGGAACAGCUCUGCGGACAAUUGUUUCAAAGGCGAAGAAGGGAGAACCAAGUGGUGGAAAGGGUGGACUCACACAGGAGCUGAUAAAAAAACUCACAACCUACUAUGGAAAUGCACUGCGCAACACUACCACAGUAGAGAACAUGCAAAAAGCUGUUAUGGCCACGUUUUAUCAUGUGACGUCAACAGACGAGGAGCCCACAAGCUGGUGCAGGCACAGGAGGGCGGAAGGAGAAGGAAAAACUCCACCACAUCACAAAUAUCAGUUCAAAAGCCAUCUUGCUGUAGCAAUGAUCCCUGUGUAUGAGCGCUUGUCUGAGCCACAGCUACUGGAAAGGUGUGUAGGGAAGAAGGCACAAAAUGCAGCAGAAAGCCUUCACUCUGUGAUAUGGUCUGUUAUUCAAAGAUGAAGCCUCCUUAUUUGCAGCAGAAACUGGAGUGAGCGAGGCGAUAUGCAGGUACAAUUCUGGCACCCUGCGCACGUAUAAUGAGUUCUGCUCAUCAAUUGGCAUCAAGGCUGGAAAGCAUGCGCUUCGCAGAGCUGCAGAAAAGGACAAGUUUCGCAAAAGGAAAGCGGCAAAGGCACAUGGAAUCAAACAGCAGAAAGCCAAGAAGGCCCGUGCAAAGAGAGACACUAAAAACUACAGUGCUGGUGCUUUCUAACGUCUCCAGCUAAAUGUGAAACUUUGAAAGCUAUUUCCUCAAUACAUGGUUUUCAUGCUUCUCUGCUGCUUCUGGAGCUGAUAUCUCAUCAACUACUUGGUCUAUUUUGCUUCUGUUUGUUUCAUUACACUCACUGAUCUAUCUGCAUGCCAUAACACUGUUGUUUUUGCAGGUUUACCCUUCUUGAAUUUGGAAUACACCUAUAUAUUUCUGCUAUAGAUGUAUCGGCUGCAAGUACAUGAAAAAGAAUGAAAACCAAAAUUAUAAUGCUAACAAUUUAGAAAAGUACAAAUGUUACGGCACAGAACAUAGACUUGGGAAUACGCUCGAAUUGAGAGCAGUCUUCUAUCACAUUUUGCAAACCCUGCAUACCCUCCACAAAAUGUAAAUCUAGAAACUGUCAGAGAGAGCAAACUUCUUAUAGGAUCACCUUGAUAUUUUGGUGGUCAUUUUUUUCAGCAGUGUCCACACAUCUGCCAAUUUUCAUCAAAAUCUAACAAGAAAUAAAAAAGUUUGUGUCGAAACCCACGUCCCCCCUUAAACUCACUACACUACUUUCAUAUACCAUCCCAUUGUAAUCAUUGCAAAAAAAAAUAAAAUCUUUGCUUCUACCAGCUGUUGUAAAAGUAUGACAUAUUGUGUAUUUGCACAAGGAAUAUUAUGUGACAUAUCCCUGAGAAGUAUUUGAGCAUUCCAACAAGGUUUUAUGCUAGGAGGAUAUUCUGCAGCAUAAUGCAGAAAUUCUAAGCGGAUGGCUCCAAACAGAAAUGUGAGGAGAGGCAAAAUCCUUUGCUUCUGAAGAACAAACACAAACAUGCACAGAGUGAAGUUGAAAUGACUCCUUGUUUACUUUUGAGAAGUGUUUGGUUGACAAAAAUAGUCACCCAACUGAGAUUGCUGUGGCAGUUCAGGAAGCAGCAAUCCUGCAUGCGCAGUGUUAGUGGAUGCAUUUGAAUGUAUUUACAUUGCACAGAAUAGACUUUCUGACAGACUGCCAUCAGCAUAUUGCUGCAUUGCUCAAAGUGUAUGACAGUGACAUGUUAUGUCAAGCAAUAAAAAUUCAUUUGUAGGUGA